AUGGCUACACAACCACACAGCGACGAGGAGAGGCUCAAGGCAGCGCUGUGGCAUUCGGUUGGCAAGAUCGUUGACGCCAUUGCCGUAGAGCAAAGUCCAAGCGUCAAUGCCGCGCCAACGUUUAUAGCUGGCAUGACCGAGAUGCUUGCGGCCAGGAUCACGACCAUUUCCGCGGAUCUCGAGACGUUUUCUCGGCAUGCUGGACGCUCUGUCAUCAACGAGGAUGAUGCGAUGUUGCUUGCACGCCACAACGAUGGCCUGAAAAGCGUCCUUCGACACAAAGCUGAGAAAGAACGAAAGAGCGAAAAUCGGUGA